UCAGCUCCGACGGCCUCGUUUUAAGAGGACUUGGCCCUUCGGAAGGUGGUUGGAGGACGUGAGGGCUGCGAGGAGGAUUCGGUGCUGCUCGGUCUUUUGGAAGGUGCCUGGAGGACGCGAGAACUGCGAGGUCCUUCGCGAGGUAUCUGGAGGACGAGGGAAUCACUCGUUCCUUCAGAAGGCCUUUGGAAAACGGAGCGAGCGGCCUAAGAAAAGUCCAGCAGAUGGCGAUGUGGAAAAUUUUCGUGGCAGCCUUGUUGGUGUUUGGAUCUGGAGGAAGAACACGUGGCACAAAAGUAUGCCUCGAGGGCGAAGCCAAAGAAUUCACGUGUUCCAACCCCGUCCUGACGUUCAACACCACGGGCAGAGGGAUCGACUUGAGACUGAACGUCACUGACAAGAGACAACAUCACAGUCUGUCGAUACGCAUCCAACAAAUUCCAGAAGGCUUGAAUAUUUCCUCCUUGGUAAUACCAGACGAGGGAAAGGUGGAGUUUAAGAUUAAGGCCCACUUUGUGCAAGUGAUGAACUCGAGUAGCCCGGUGACAGUCUUCGAAAAUGACGAGAAAGAAAUUGGGUUCUUCGAGUUCUCGGCUCCAUCUGGCGUCCGGAUCUGUGUGACUUGCGAUAAAGAGGAUAUUUUUGCCCGGGAGAGAUCUGAACAGAGCAGCACAUCUAGCCAUCAGAAAACGGAACAGGAGAACACCUUUACCAAUGAGAACAGAGAACAGGAGAACACCUCUGCCACUGACAACGGAAUACAGGAGAAAAGCUUUACCACUGAGAACAGAGAACAGGAGAACACCCUUACCACUGAGAACAAAGAACAGGAGAACACCUCUGCCACGAAGAACACAGAACAGCAACGCAAACCUGGCGGCAUCGGCACCGCUUCGAGUGUGGAGGAAGAGGAUGAAGAGAACCGGUCGUGGUGGUGGCUCCUGCUGAUUCCCGCCUGCGUCAUCCUUGUCGUCUACCUGCACAAUAGACACCGCCAAUCCUCUCGGUAUUCGGUGAGAAAUGCGCAGGCAAGCGAGGAUGCGGAGAGCAAGGUCGACAGAACACCAGAAAUGGAGAAAACGAAUGGUGGUGAUCCGUGCGCCGAAGAAAAAGCCGAGAACGGCAGGAAUCUCGAGUGUUAAAUGGCCGAGGUAUGCGAGGGUGCGGAUAGUGGAUAUCGGCGCGGGGGUGCGAAUAGUGGAGAUGCGUAAACAACCGGACCAACUCGCUGAAUGUGUUAUAAACUGAGCGAAAGGGUUAAGGGAAGGGAUAAUGAAACACAUGACCCAAUUAAGAAGCGGAAGGUUGGAAUGAGCGUGUAAACAACUAAGAGAGAAGGAGGGUUCGAGGGCUGAUAUGUGAACAAUCUAGGGAGGUUGCUUUGAUGAAAAUAUGGUAUAUUUUUAGUGUGUAAAGACCUCAGCCAGUUCCUGAUUAGAUUCAGAAGUAUUCUACUCAGUAUAUUAAAGACGUGUGAUAUAUCAAGAUGAAGUGCUUUUCCAUUUAUUAUUCUGAAUCACAGAAUAUUACUACUACUAUUAUUAUUACUAAAAUUGUUCUCCUUUUGAACACAAGUUGCAUAAACUAUUUAAAUGUUGAAGAAAUUUAUUCAGUGGGUUUCUUUGCAUACACAGUGCAGUAUGAAACAGCUAGAUUUAACAAAUGCAAUUAAUUAUAAUUUGAAAUAGAAUGAGGGAGGGAUGGGAGAGAGUAAAAUGUAUUUCAAAUUUUUCAUUUUUGAAAAUUAGACCACAUUGUCAUUGGUGAUUACUAAUGGACUAGCAGUUUUGAUUAUCGUAAUGGUUAUAAUGACUGCCACAGUAAUAGGAACAGUAGUAAUAAUGUUAAUGGUAACUGUAAAACUAUAAUAAUGAUUGUUUGCCUGAAUGCUUGUUAGAAGUUAGUGCAUGUACAGUUAUUAAUAUUUCUUUACCUUCACUGAACAUGACUGGAGAAAAGUUACAAAGCAUUCAUAUCGAAAGGAGUUCUAAGCUCACCUUCUCUCUCCGACUCUUUAGAGCUAAAUAGAAUCGUGUCCAACCGUACCCAAAAGCCCCUUUAUAUCUAUAGGAGCUUUUGGGUACGGUACAUUGUAGUGAAUGUGACAUAAAAAGUAAGCUGUGGCGUUACAGAAAUAUUGAUUUUGAAACAGGAUAUAUCUGUGUAUCUGUGAGUCUGGUGGUUGGGAUGUGGUAGGUAUUUUUACAAUGUGUAUAUUCAUGAUUGUUAUAGUGAUAAUGGUCAGGGCGAUGGCGAUGGUGAUUAUAAUAGUGAUGAGUAUAAAGGAGACGGCAUUAGUGAUUGUUAUUGUGGUGAUUAUGAUGAUGAUGAUGGGGAUGGUGAUGAGGAUAAUAAAGAUGUUGAUAUCCAGAUAUAAUCAAACACAUUUGCACUGUUCAUAAACGCAUAUAGCAGAACAUAAUUUAUGAAACAAAAAUAAAAGAGUAAACAAG